CCGUCUUUUCCUGCAUAUACAUAUUCAUGCACUCGUCUCCAAGCCUCAUACUAGCGAAAAGGAAACUUGUCGGAGGCAGGAAAAGACUGAGCAAACAUGGAGAAAACUAUUAAGGAUCAUCUGAUUGACGUUUUUGAUGAUCUGGGGGAGGCUAACCAAAAGAAAUUUAAAAACAAAUUGUGCGAUCGAAAGAAAGAACCUCGCGUCCGUCGAAGCGCGACCGAAAAGGCUGAAGACUCGAUCGAUCUCGCGGAUCUAAUGGUGUCCACUUUCACAUCCAAAGAUGCGGUUUCUGUAUCACUCGAAAUUUUAGAGGCAAUUGGCUGUAGAGAACAAGCAGCAGAACUCAGAGAGGUCACCAGCUCUCCAAUGGCCCAACCUGUUGAGGUAGACUCAAAGUCACAGAGCGUUCUUAUGCCUGUGGGGACGGUCCCAAAUUCAGAAACUGUCCAGAUACCUGCAGAGAGUGCGCUGUAUCUGUCAGAUGGUUGGCAGAAACCAUUGGCUGUUACUCAAUGCAGCCAAGAAUUUAGAGAUAGAAUUCUUAGAGAAAAGGGAGAAGAGAUUUACAAAUCAGUAGACAAGUCUUCGAGAAAACGGCUUGCCCUGCUGAUCAACAACAUCGAAUUUGACAAUAAGAGAAUGAACAGGAGAGGGGCGGAGAAAGAUGACGUAAACAUGGAGUGGCUGUUAAACCAGCUAGAUUAUCAAGUAGUGACACACAGAAAUCUGUCUGGAGAGGAAAUGGAUCAUGCGGUCAAAAGCUUUGCUGGACGGAAGGAACAUUUAUAUUCAGACAGCACCUUUGUGGUUAUAAUGUCCCACGGCAAAAUGGGUGCCAUAUUAGGUGUCCAUUAUGAUAAAACAAAGAACCCAUCUGAUAUAUUCCCCGUUGAUAAUAUCUUCUCCCAUCUGAACGCAAAGAAGUGUGCAGCACUGCGUGAUAAACCAAAGGUUAUUCUUAUUCAAGCCUGCAGAGGAGAUGAACACGGGCGUUUGUGGGUCAACGAUAGUGAGCAUGAGGAGCCAAUGGAAAUAGAGGGGGAUGACUGGGUGCACACAGAGAAGGACUUCAUCCCCCUGAUGUCCUGCACCCCUGACACCAAAUCUUACAGGCAUGUGGAGCAUGGGACAUUUUAUGUCCAGUGCUUAGUGGAUGUGUUCAGCAAAUGUGCACAUGAGGAUCACAUUGAGGAAUUGUUCAGGAAGGUUAUGAGACGCUUUGAGAGUGUCCCAUGUAUGAUUGGGAACUUCAAACAAAUGGUAUGUAAAGACCGGGCAUCGCUGCCAAAGUUUUUCUACCUGUUCCCUGGACUCUGAAAUCGAAGUCUCACAUGCUCUCAACUCCUCACCUGUGAAUUUAGCAGAUAUUCUCCUGUCAUCACAUUUACUGUCAAAACAGGCUUGAAAUACAUCCAAAAUACUUUUCUCUCUCUAAACAUUUUAUCCCAAGAGUUCAGUUCGGUUCCAUAAUAUCCUCUUUGCUGUUGAAAGCAAAUUCUCUAAAUACUGUAUUUACAAAUGCGCUGUGCUGAGGACUUCUGACUUGACUCAAAUAUUAGGAUACCUGAUACUGACUUGACAAGACAUUUUUUGUCCUUUCAGACAGGAAUAGUGUGCAGCAAUUUCUUUUAUCAUUCAAAAUGCAAAAACAUAUAAUGUUGUUCACAAAUUAAUUGUUAACAAGCUGUAUUGGACUUUUUAUUAUUUAAAAAUCAGCUGUCAUAAAACUGACUUUAUCCUAUUCGUCUUAUAUUGUAAUUUUAAAGACAAUCAGAUUGCAUAUGUUCACAAGUAUGCAAGACAUUUUUUAUGUUUUUGAAAAAGAGUGAUACUUCUGUUCAUUGACGUAGCCAUUCCAUUGAGCAUAACUGUUUUAUAAUUCAAUGGUAUAGAUCAAUUUAUUAAAUGGGAACAGCUUGAUUGAAAGAUCUGUGAGAUCUGCCGUGCAAGCCAAUCAUACCUAUGACAAAUGGGGCACAAAAUGUCUGUUAAUUUUGUGAAUAAUUUUUUACUGUAUUUUUAAUUUAGGGCAACCUUGAUAAAUAAAAGUUUCAAUUUAUUAAAAAAGUCAAGUAAUUCCAUGCUUUUAAAUCAUUGUGUACAUUUAAGGCCAUGUUUUUCAUUUAUUGUUAGAUUAGUCACAUGUACUGUAUACUGCCUAAUGCAUUUUGUAUUACCCGCCCUUUACAAUGAGUACAGUAUGUUGUGUUGUAUCUGUUCUUUCUUUCUUUGAUAGAGAAAGCAUUGUCUAGUUAUUCAGGAAUGUUUGUUCGAAUCCAAGCAAUCAAAGUAUAUUGUAAUUAUUUUGCAAAUAA